UAGCGCUCGGCGAGCCAAUGGGCGUGCGGGCGGAUGCGGGCAAGCCCGGACACGAGUGAGUAGCCGGUGGCAGGGCCGCCACGUGGGGCUAGGGGUUUCGCGUUGGGUAUCAGGCUUUGCUCCGUUGGCAGGUCAUUUCCCAGGCCUCCCUUGCCUGCAGCGCUGAGCAGAUUGGGAUGGUUCCCCAGGAAGCGCCAGACUCUGCCCGGUGCCCGUGUCCUCUCCUGGCCCGUGUGGGCGCCAAGGAUGAGCCCCAGAGGAAGCAUUUGCGGCGCAGCCGGCAGCACCAGCGGUUCAUGGCCCGCAAGGCCUUGCUGCAGGAGCAGGGGCUGCUGAGCCUCGAGGAUCCGGGGCCCUCGCGGGUGCCCCAGCAGAAGCCUCGUCCUGGAGGUGUCCUGUGUGGGAGGAGGCCCACCCCCCGGGCAACGGCGGGGUCCUGGCCCAGCAAGUGCGUGGCUCUGGACUGCGAGAUGGUGGGCACGGGGCCCCGGGGGCGUGUGAGCGAGCUGGCCCGCUGCUCUGUCGUCAGCUACCACGGCGACGUCCUCUACGACAAGUACGUGCAGCCUGAGAGGCCCAUCUCGGACUACCGCACCCGCUGGAGCGGUGUCACGCGGCAGCACAUGCUCAAGGCCAUCCCCUUCCAGGUGGCCCAGAAAGAGAUCCUCAGGCUGCUGAAGGGCAAGGUGGUGGUGGGACACGCCCUGCACAAUGACUUCCAGGCCCUCAAGUACGUCCACCCCCGGAGCUGGACACGCGACACCACCUGCGUCCCCAGCCUGCUGGGCCAGCCUGGCCUCCCUGCACGCAGCCGCGUGUCUCUCAAGGACCUGGCCCUGCAGCUGCUGCACAAGAAGAUCCAGGUCGGCCAGCACGGCCACUCGUCGGUGGAGGACGCGGCCACGGCCAUGGAGCUGUACCGCCUGGUGGAGGCGCGCUGGGAGGAGCAGGCAGGACACCUCCAGGACGCGAGGGAGCCUGACAGCAGCCCUGACGUUGAGCAGUACAUGGACGACCGCUACUGGCUCCAGGACCUGGCCCCAGCCACCAGCGGGCCCGGCAACAGGGAGGAGGAUGAGGGCCAAGGUCCCUGGGGAGCCGGUGGGGACUAGGGGCCAGGCCACCCUAGGUCUCCAGAGUGGGAUCUGUGCCAGCCCUUUCUGCCGGCUCCUGUGCUUUGCUCAGCACUUUAGGGACAUGGUGAACUUGGCAGGUAGACUGGUAGCGGGCUCUGCAGGAGCUAGCGUGUGCCCGCAAGUGGUCCCUGCUGUCCCCAGCUGUUCCCCACCCCACCCUGCUCUCUAAAGGAAUCUGUCUCCCACCCUGAGGUGGGAGUUUCAGUCUCAUGGGGCUCCUCUCCACUCUCUCACCCCGGAACUUGGGGUGAAGGUCUCAUCACCUACCUCUUCCUCCACUCAUCUUGGGUUUGGGGGCACCUGAGGCUGUGGUUAAGGCCCUGAGGGAGUUGUAUCUUCCCUUCCUCUGAGCCAGAACCCUAACUCUGAUCAGCAGAAGAGCUGGAUCCCAGACCAGGCAGACCAGCCCUGGGCCAGUGUUGUUUUCAGAGGAGCUGUGGUGUAUGCACUUUGACCUGACUCAGACCCCCCUCCUGCCUGGCCAGAGGCCAAGGCCUAAGGGACUGUGCUUUUGAGUUCUGGGGCCCUGUGCCGAAGUCCCCCCAGGGCCGCCUAGGUGAAGAGGAAGGCAGUGGUAGCAUAGUCCCUGCCUGUCUGUGGCCUGUCCGUGGCCACCUGGUACGGGAAGGGGCCCUGCAAACUCCAGCCAUCCCAAAUUGUUGGGUUCGCUCCAAAUUUCUCAAAAUGUUCUCUGUCAGGAUGUGCUCCUGAUGGAGAUGGGGACAGUGGUGGCCUCCCUCAGGGUAGUGACAGGUCCUCCCUCAGUGUCUGCUCCCUGUGGCUUCAGGGUAGCACCCAGCAGCACCCUGACACAGCUGUCUUUGCUAGUGUCCCAGGUUCCGGACCACGCACAGUGAGGAUGUGUGUGGAGAUCCAGGGCUGGCUUCCUCUGCACCCCAUAUGCUGUGCACACCCCAUGCUGUGACCAGGAGGUGGUGUCCAUGGCAGCUGACCCGGCUUCAGGACUUCGCUGUGGGUCCCACACUAAUUUGGAGUCAGACUGCUAGCUGAGGAAGCAGAGCCGUUCUGGCCUGUGGCUGGAGGAGGGAGGAACUGGGAUCCCUGGGGAGACUCACCUGGCUGGAAAUCAGCUUGGCUGUAAGGCCACUCAUUCUAGAAUAAAAAAUUGGCAGCAGCGA